ACGUUGAGACCGGGACAUAGCCUUGUGUACCACCAUCCUGCGUCGUCUUGCACACACAACAUCACCAUCCCACCUCGGCUACUACAGCUGUCGAACGGAACGCAACGUUGUUACCUGGAAGCUAACUGCAUACGCAGUCACGAUGACAGCGACAGCGUUGGAGACGCCACUACCUACGAGGAAAAGUCACGGGUUUUCUAUAGAAUCUUUGAUAGGACGGAGAGAUGACGACAAAUCGGUCAGUAGCCCCCCAAGCCCGGGGGUGCGGCGAUCUGUGAGCCCCGGGGUGCGGCGAUCGCUCAGCCCUAGGGGUAGAAGUCCUGUUAGUCCUACGGAAAGGACCGAAAAAAUGACAAUAUCUCCUGAGAUGGAAAACAGAUGCUCAUCUUGGUCGGGAUCGGACUUAAAACAUUUGUUUAAUAGUUUCACUAACCACUCAGACACUAGUGUGUUUCAGCCAUUAAGGGUGUGUAAUAGAAUUCUCCCCAAUCUCACAUCCCCUCCUUUCGCGCCGCAUCAACUCACCACCCUCCCCUUCAACCCCCUUUUGUACGGGGUAAACAGAGACAUUUCCCCAGCGCAUCACCCAUGGAUAAACCGCUACUCUGGAUUUGUGCACCCUCGAUAUCCAGUUGGACCCCCACCCGGUUUGCUGUUUCACCCCUACAGAAAGCCCAAGAGGAACCGCACAGCGUUCUCCCCCAACCAGCUUCUGCAGUUAGAACAGGCGUUCGAGAAGAACCACUAUGUUGUGGGACAGGAACGAAAGCAGCUAGCCGGCAAACUACAGCUUACAGAAACACAGGUUAAAGUUUGGUUCCAGAAUAGAAGAACAAAACACAAAAGAAUGAAGGCCGAGGAAGAAGCUGGAGUGACGUCACCAGAUGGCGCUGACUGCAACGGCUGCUCACGUGACGAAGAUUCGCAUUUAUCACGUGACAAUCACGAGGACAGGAGCGAGAUGUCGGACUCGGAAAUUGACGAUGUUGACGAGGACAAUUGCUCAGAGGAGGACGAGGUGUUAUCCGUUGCUGGGGAUCCCUGAAUUUCCAUUGGUACAUUGUGGUAUGGUUCUAACCAAUCAGAUCUCUUCCUUGACCUCCAUGGUCACGUGACAAUGCUCAAAAUGCUCAGCCAGUUACAUCGUCUGUGCAGUCAAUGUGCCACAGCUCGACACCUACCCAAUAAGGGAGAUGAUCUGUGACGUCAUCGACGUCCGACGCAGUUAAGAAAGUGCUAAGGAUUCCGUCCCGAAUCAUGUGAGAGAAUGAGAUGCGCAAGAACAAUGCGCGCUCACAUGCACGUGUAAACAGUGCUACAGACAGGCUGUCCAAAGAGCGGCGCAUCGUCAUACUAUGAAACGCCCACAACGCAUUUUUUGCUAUCUUUCAUAAUAAAGACAAGAUUCUAGAGAUGCUGUCACUGACUAAUAAGCUUUAAUAUCAAAUACUGUUUUACCAUAAUUAUUUAUUUUUUUCUCUUUAGAAUGUUGUAUUUCUCUAACUAUUGUCAAAAUAGACAUUCUACAAACCAAAGACUCGACUGAAGAGAAGGAAUGUUACGGGCAGUCACGUGUUAGUGCGCGCGCACACCUACGUGUGUCACGUGACAAGUGCUGUACGAUGUUGAUGAAGUCGUUGUUAUGUGUGGUGCAGACUAUUUUACACAGAAAAUAUACUUUGUAAAUUGUGAAUAAACAUGUGAGAAAUA